AUGAAUAAGUUUAGCUUUGUGAUAUUGUGCUUUGCCGCACUUUUAAUUUUUGACGCAGUGGCCCAACAUGAUAUCCACGGUCCAUACCAAGGCCAACGCCAAAAUGAAUUUGACCUGAAGUUCGUCAAGGAAAUCUUCAAAAAUUAUAACUCCAACGUUGUGCUCUCACCCUUUUCGGUCAAAAUCCUGCUCACACUUAUCUACGAGGCGUCCGACACUAGUUUCGGAGAUUCCGUAUCCAACACGAAGCGCGAACUUAGCAGCGUUAUUCAUAAUGAUAACAUUGAGCAGACGCGUAGCUACUAUAAGCAGCUGCUUGAGUCGGCCCAGCAAGAUAAUAAGGACUUUGAUCUGAACAUUGCCACCAACUUCUUCGUCGACGAUUUCAUUGAGGUGAUCAACAAGUACCAACAAAUCGCGAAUACACACUACCAUGCGAUGCUCGAUAAGGUGUCCUACUCCAACCCAACGGAAGCCGCGGCCACUAUCAACAACUGGGUGGCGCGAAACACAAAUGGCCGUCUAAAGGAGAUUGUGACGCCGGAUGGUGUAGAAGGUGCCGUCAUUACGCUGGUCAACGUCAUUUACUUUAAGGGUCUGUGGACGUAUCCAUUCCCGGAGGUGGUGAACAACGUUAAGCCAUUCUAUGGUUCGACCGGCAAGCCCACCAAUGCUCAGUACAUGGAACAGAACGGACAGUUCUACUAUGAUAAUUCAGCCGAUCUCGGGGCGCAGAUCCUCCGUUUACCGUACCGUGGUGAUAAACUUGCGAUGUACUUUAUUCUCCCGAACGCGGACAACUCCAUUAAUAAGGUGCUGGAGCGCAUCAACAGCGGCUCAUUGCAUCAAGCACUUUGGUAUAUGGAGGAAAACGAGGUUAACGUAACCAUUCCCAAGUUUAAGUUUGACUUUAGCGAACAGCUAAACGAGCCACUGCAACAGAUUGGAAUUCGCGAAAUCUUCUCCCAGAACGCUUCCCUACCACUUCUGGCACGUGGCCGUGGAGCUCGCGAUGAGGUGCGAGUUUCUAGAAUCUUCCAGAAGGCCGGUAUCACCAUUAAUGAAGUUGGCAGUGAGGCAUAUGCCGCUACUGAGAUUCAGCUGGUCAACAAGUUCGGUGGCGAUGGUGUUCAAAUCUUUACCGCAAAUCGGCCGUUCAUUUUCUUCAUUGAGGAUGAAACCCUCGGUACAAUGUUGUUCGCUGGAAAGAUUGAGAAUCCUGUCUUUUAA